GGUGGGUGUUUCUCUUUUCGAUCACGUCCGCAGCCGUGUUGGUGCUUACACUCGUUCAACGACUCACUUCAGGACAAACUAAGAUGUGUGACAAGCUACCCUUCAAAGUCGCUGAUAUCAGCCUGGCAGAAUGGGGGCGUAAGGCAAUUGAUAUCGCGGAGAAUGAGAUGCCUGGUCUGAUGAAGCUAAGAGAGACUUAUGGGCCAACCCAGCCAUUGAAAGGAGCUCGAAUUGCUGGAUGCUUGCACAUGACUAUCCAGACGGCUGUGCUCAUUGAGACCCUCAAGGCCCUUGGAGCUGAGGUUCAGUGGUCUAGCUGUAACAUUUUCUCCACCCAGGAUCAUGCUGCUGCUGCCAUUGCCAAAACUGGUGUUCCAGUGUAUGCUUGGAAAGGGGAGACGGAUGAGGAGUAUGUGUGGUGCAUCGAGCAGACUAUCUACUUCAAGGAUGGUCAGCCUCUCAACAUGAUCCUGGAUGAUGGUGGAGACCUAACAAACCUUGUACAUGAGAAAUACCCCACCUUGUUAGCAGGAAUUAAGGGUCUUUCUGAGGAGACAACCACUGGGGUUCACAAACUCUACAAGAUGCUGAAGAAGGGUGAACUCAAAGUUCCUGCUAUUAACGUGAAUGACUCUGUUACCAAGAGUAAAUUUGAUAAUCUGUAUGGCUGCCGUGAAUCCCUGAUUGAUGGAAUCAAGCGCGCGACUGAUGUAAUGAUUGCUGGUAAAGUGGCUGUAGUAGCUGGAUAUGGUGACGUUGGUAAAGGGUGCGUUCAGGCUCUUCGAGGCUUUGGUGCCAGGGUCAUAGUCACAGAGAUUGACCCCAUCAAUGCCCUACAGGCUGCAAUGGAAGGUUACGAGGUGACUACAAUGGAUGAGGCCUGCAAGGAGGGAAACCUUUUUGUGACCACUACUGGCUGCGAGGGUAUCAUUCUGGGCAGGCACUUUGAGCAGAUGAAGGACGAUUCCAUCGUUUGCAACAUUGGCCAUUUUGAUUGUGAGAUUGAAAUGAAGUGGCUCACUGAAAAUGCUGCAGAGAAAACCAAUGUUAAACCUCAGGUUGACCGUUACCUCUUGAAGAAUGGACGCCAUGUUAUUGUAUUGGCUGAAGGGCGACUUGUGAACCUGGGAUGUGCCAUGGGUCAUCCUAGUUUUGUUAUGAGCAACUCCUUUUCCAAUCAAGUCCUUGCACAGAUUGAGCUCUGGACCAAUACUAGCAAAUACCCACUUGGUGUGUACUUCUUGCCCAAGAAGCUGGAUGAGGAGGUAGCUGCUGCCCACUUGGACAAACUUGGUGUCAAACUGACGAAGCUAACUGAUAAUCAAGCCAAAUAUCUAGGCAUACCUCGUGAGGGUCCUUUCAAACCAGAUCACUAUCGCUACUGAGGAGCUUCUGCCAAUUGGUCUGUGUUGAUGUUCAAAGUAAUGUACAUUUCACAAGCACUAACCUUUUCUGUGCUUGCAUUCUCAAUAAAAAAUAUCAUUCAGGCUGUUUAUAAAUGCUCUCAUGUCUUUGACCCUCAAAAUGAAUGCCUACAAAGUCUCCUUUCAGAGGAGAAUAAUUGGUUUGUUGAUUUCCAAGCACUUACUACAUAAUUUGCUUUAUAGGUUUUUUUUUCCAAUGACAAUGCAAGUUCCAGCCAUCAUUUUGUGAAUUCCAUGUGAGUGUACUCAAAAGGUUUCAACAUGAAAUAUUGCCUGUCAUGUUUCACAGCAACCUAUUUAUGACAGAAUAAAGAACAUGCCUGUACUUAA